AUGGCAGCCAAGAUUUCCGUCGGCCAGGUCCCGGCCAUGUUUGCCCGACGACAGCAGCAGGCAUUCGGUGUCGGCAGACGCCUGCAGUCUACCUCCUCCCAGACCCAGAACCCCGCCUAUCCUCUCUACCCCUCGGUCGCCCAACUCCUCCGUGAGAAGGGCAUUCCCAAGUCCGAUGUCUCCAAGAUCCCAGCCUCUGGACCCAAGGGUCGUCUCUUGAAGGGUGACGUGCUCGCAUACAUUGGACAGAUUGCCUCCGACUACCCGGCAACUCAGGCCGCCACCCUGGCCAAGCUCGCCCAUCUCGAUCUGAGCAACAUCAAGCUCGCCCCGGCCCCUGCCCCGGCCGCGCCGGCCGCGGUCGAAGAGAAGCCCGUCGCAGCCCCUCCCGUCAUGACCUCUGUCGCCAUCUCCAUCUCCCUGUCCGCCGUUCUUUCCGCCCAGAAGAAGCUUCAGGACAACCUUGGCGUGACAGUCCCGCUGUCCCGCUUCUUGGCCAUCGCCACGGACAUCGCCAACGACGACCUCCCCCGUCUGGCCAGCUUCAAGCCCUCUGCUGAUGAGCUCUUCGAUGAGGUUCUCGGUGCUGAGCCCGUGAACUCAUCUCGCGGUGACUAUUUGCCCGAGCUCAACGCUUUCGAGGCCCCUCAGACCGUGCGCUCCAAGCCUGUCACUGAGGAUCUCAUCGAUUUCCUCAGCGCCAAGCCUUCCAAGAAGGCUGCUCCCGCUGCUUACGUUGAGACCGCAUCUGGUGCGGCUUCCAAUGUCUUUAGCUUGACCGUCCCUGUUGAUGAGCAAGUCCGUGCCAAGGAGUUCCUUGAGCGCAUCAAGACUCUGCUCUCUGUUGAGCCGGCUCGUUUGGUCCUUUAG